UUCUCACAGUUCGUCACGAACGUUGUCGGGUGGUGCGGUUUCAGAGUAGCGCUCUGUUUACCUGUUCGCGAUUGCGCGGUCCUUACGAGUCGGUCGGAAAAUUCAAACUUCCGGGACGCGAUUUUCCUUUCUUGUGUAAUCGAUCCAGUGCACUGCCGGCCAUAUGUGCCUAAAAUUUUCCAACGCAUCCUGACCAGCAUGGGAGGUUAGCUAGUGGUGGUGUUCAGUGUUAACGAGACAACUUCGUGUUUAGUUCCGUCGCGCACAAAGGGACAACAGACCUGCUGAAGGUCGCAAGGGGUAUUCAAUCCGGUCAAACGGUCCAGCGAGGUACCAAAGUUAUGAGAAAAGAUCCAGACCGCCCGCUGAAUUUGAGCCAUUCGUACCGAAGACGCCGCAUCAAGUAUUACGACAGUUUGAUAAGUAGUAGUAUUGCCAGCACCGAUCGGCAGAGAGGUAGUCAGCAUUUACGACUGGAGGUCCACCUGGAGAGCAUCAAGGGUCACAUCUGAAGCAGGACCGGACUGCUCCUUAGAAUUAAGUUUAAGCUGAAGAAGCGAGCUUAUCAGCCAUUAUGGGGAAGCUCAACGAUGCAGUGGUUUGCUUCAAAGCCCGCAUCCUCGAGAGCAACACGAUCUGGAAGCAUCCACGAGCUCGGACAGAUCGUCGGCCUCAGCACAUCGAUCACAGGCAGCGGACCAGUGGUUGCACCUGCAGCAACAGCACCAACGACGAUAAAUCCAUUCCGAACGGUAACGUCCCGAGGAAGCCUCCCUGCGCUGGUUGCACGUCGUCGGAAGACACGGGAAUGGUCUCCGGAGCGCUCAACAAUUUCCAUUACGAGCAGCGGAACGACCCGCUCGUGCGGCAGCUGCGACGUAUGCGCGAGCAGAACGCUCAACGCUACGAUGCGGACUACUCGCAUGUGUUUCGGAGAAAAUCACGAUGGGACUUCAUACGGCUUUCGUUCGUCAUCAUGGGCAUCGAGUUCGUGUACUCGGCCGAGACGGCCUUCGUCUCGCCGAUUCUGCUGGGAAUUGGUGUAGAGCAUCAGCUCAUGACCCUGGUUUGGGCUAUUUCGCCGUUGAUUGGCUUCUUCAUGGCUCCGAUAUUGGGCACAUUCAGUGAUCGAUGCACGGCAAAAAUGGGCCGCAGAAGGCCCAUUUUGUUGGGCCUGUCGGUGACGAUGGUGCUUGGAUGCAUUUUGGUUCCCUUUGGGGAGAACUUCGGACGAUUAUUUGGUGACCUAGGUGAGGUUUUGGCAACCAACAACAUUAGUGACGCUUUGAAUGGGAAUUUAACGGAAUUUGUGGGAUACGAUUUCACUCGCGUGGAACAGGACAUACUGGAUCACACGAUGGACUACAAGUGGGCCAUCUUUUUCACCAUUCUGGGAACGCUGGUGUUGGACUUCAGUGCCGAUACAUCGCAGACGCCAGCUCGUGCCUAUCUGUUGGACAUUUGCGUGCCAGAGGACCAUGGUCGUGCCUGCAGUACCUUCUCGAUUAUGGCCGGCAUCGGUGGCAGUCUGGGGUACGCUCUCGGCGGAAUCAACUGGGACAACACUGUGUUCGGCGAUUUUCUCGGCGGAAGCAUCAAAACCGUGUUCACCAUUGUUACGAUCAUCUUCAUCAUUUGCCUGUUCCUCACGGUUACCAGCUUCAAGGAGAUUCCGCUGAAGCUGAUGGAACAGGACGAGCUGCUGCGUCCGCUGAACGAAGCCAUCCUGAAGAAGGAACGCGCCAAGCAGGACGACAAAAUAUUCUACAUCAAGGAUGUGAGCAAAGUGUUUGCCAUGCAGUUGCAAACCAUCGACGAAAAGCAACAGCCCCCAGCGACGCAGUUGAUCAAUAACGCACUGGCUGCGGAAAGCCGAGAAGUCGACAAAAGUACGGAGGCAAGCGCACUGACAGACGCGGAGCCGGAAGAAGAACCGGAACAGGCGAUGAGUUUGAAGGACUUCCUGAAGAGUGUCAUCAUGAUGCCGAAGUCGAUUGCUAUUCUAUGCGUAACGAAUCUGUUCUGCUGGAUGGGUCACUUGAGUUUCUGUUUGUACUUCACCGAUUUCGUCGGCGAGGAAGUAUUCAAGGGCAACCCUGCUGCUCCGGCGCAAUCCGAAUCCUACCAGUUGUACCUGGAAGGAGUUCGUUACGGAUGUUUUGGACUUGCAAUUUACUCGUUGGCUUGCUCCUGCUAUUCGUUCACAAUCGAAAAGUUGAUCAAAGUGCUGCGCGCUAGGAUUGUCUACUGCGGUGGAUUGCUGAUCGAUUCAAUCGGAAUGAUUUUGAUGGCAAUGUUCCCGAACAAGAUUACUGUGUUCGUUUUCAGUGCUACCGGAGGAAUUGUCUACGCGCUGCUGUUCACCUUACCGUUCCUGCUGCUCGGUCAAUAUCACGCCAAAGGACAAUUCAAAGCAAACAAGGCAACCCGGAAGACGAACAAACCGGAGAAAAAGCGAGGAUUGGCCACGGAUAUCGCCGUUGUUGGUGGAAUGAUUUUCGUAGCGCAGAUCAUCGUUUCGUUGGGCAUUGGAUCGCUGAUUGAAGUACUCGGCAGUACAUCUGCCGUUAUCUAUACGGCUGGAAUUUGCAGUUUCACUGCAGCGCUGUUAUCCACGCGCGUCGUUUAUAUGGAUUUGUAAACAGUCAUAAGGUAGCCCAAUCGUAAAAGUUCUCAAAUAAAAAAUUAAAUUAAUCUUAUUAAAACGAAAGCAGACCUCCACUGAUUAGUUUUAUGUUUGUUUUUAAAAUCAUUCUUAAUCAUAUGUUAACGAACAACGUAAAAUAAAGUUUAAUGCAUUCUACAUUACUGGUAAUGUUGUGCAUAUUAUAAUGUAUUCUAGGCGUAUGUUUAAGGUCACCCCUACACUAUCGAUAUCAUACGAAAUAUAUUAAUUAGCUUUAACCUUACAUAAA